AUUUUAACUCCACUCUUUUAAAUACAAUCAAUUAAUGUUGGUUACUAUCUUAUUCAUAUUUUGUAUUUCCUACACUUCUGAUGCAUUUAAAAUGACAAAAGUUGAAGAAAAUAACUGUGGGAUGCGAAACCUUACUUGGGAAUGUGAAUUUUGUCUAUCAGGAUGUAGUUUAGCACGCUAUUUUGUGAAUGAUUUCUAUUGGCGUGAUAUAUACAUGUUGGGUGCUGAAAAACUGUGUGCAUUCAUCUCUUCUGAAAAAAUAAAAAAAAUUUGUGACAAAUACACCUCGAAGUACUUACCAGAGAUUUUGGAUGCAAUAGGAUCAGUAUUCGUACCUGAAGAAAUUUGUUUGGUAAUGAUAUUUCUUGAGACUUUUAUACGUUUAUUAUCUUAGCCCUAAAAACAUUCAAACUGAAUAUUUAUGCUAAUAAAUUGCCCAAUAGUUCAUAUCACGCAACUAUAAGGUAUUAUUCAUAAACAUAAAAAAAAUCUAUGUGUUACUUGUAUGCUAUCAGUUAUAUUUCCAAAGUAUCACUCGUAUAAUGUGGAACAUCCACACAAGUAAUUCUCUAUUAAUACGUGGUUUAUUGAUUAAAGACAGUACACUGGUUUAUGAGGCUGUAAAGUUUGAUUAAUUAGGAUGAGUGUUGAUUGUGCUACGGAUGCCUAGACGCCUAUCUACACUAGAUAUUGUGACAGUAUACAGUAAUAGUAUAGAUAGUAACAGUAAUAAACACUAAAUAACUUGAUCUCAAUCUAUUCACGAUCUAAAAGAAAUAACGAACGUCUGUAUGAUAAAUUUAGUCUUAUUUUGAAGUUUCAGUUGGCUCAUAUUAAAAAUCAAAUUUUCAUGUAACCUUAUUCGAGUAGAAACAUGUUUCGAAAUGUAGAAAGCUAUGACUUGUUAGCACUUUGAAAGAAUAUGUAGUUAAUAUUUUAGUUGGGAUGUGACCUUGCUUUUUUCUUUCUUCUCUACUCUAUGAACGAUAUUUGAUUCAGUGUAAAUAUCGAUUACACUGUCAACGCUGUAUACUUGAGAGAUAAUAAAUGGAGACAUGUUGAAAUCGUUUUGAAUAUAUUCUACUCUAUUUAAAUGGGGAUAUCUUUAUUGAAUAUGCUUUGUCCCCAAAUCCAAUCUUUAUUUCGUGUAUAUAAUUAGGGUAAUUUUCGUUCAGUCAACUUCAAGUAUUUCGUUGUACUAAAUUAUUCAUAAUGAAGUGUCAUCAUCAACCUCCAGUGUAUUUCAGCUGUAAUUAGUUAUUUGAUUCGUAGUCCAUUUUAUUGUUUGAUUAUUUAAUUAUGAUUUUAUAUUUAGUGAUAAUUAUUUAGUUGAUAAAAAUUUGUAAUUAAUAAUCAUUCAAUUGGUAUGCAACCGAAUUAAAUUGAUCUCGUCCAGUAGAUCUUCUUGACAAGAUUGGUCUUUUGAAGAAGUAGUGAUUGGAAAAGAUAAUGGAGCUGUUACCCAUAGUACCAUAAUUAUCGUUGAAAUUGUAGCAGGAUAUCUUGCAUUACACAUUUAUUCAAUUUUGGUGGAGUUCUGUUUUCUGAGCUGGAUAAUUUGAUCGUGUUGCUUUCGUCGUUAUUCCGAACGACAUCAUCAGCACAAACGUCUGCUUGAAGUUUUUUCUAUACUCCAUCAAAAUCAUCCACCUGAGCUACAAAUCUCCACCAUAUCACAUUUAACCACAAAAAAUCAAUUAACAUAUUUGUUAAUCUUUUGUUUCCAAAAUUCAUAUCUAAUUGCAACCAGUAUAGACAUGAGUUAAAUAUCACAUAAUUUUAUAAGAUAAAGUUUUGUUAAACAAUCUACUGAGCUAAUAUUAACAAUUAUGUUUUACAAGUACCUGAAUUCAUUUAAGGUUCUCUGAUAUGAUCAUUCUCAAUAAUUUCUUAAAUGACAUAAGGUUGAAUUUGUUGCGGUACAGCUAAUGAUUUGCUUUGUAAAUAGGUAAAACAGAUAAAUGGUCAUUAACAGAAUGAAGAUUUGGGAAGAUUGUAGUAAUUUUGAUAGUUGAAUACAUGAUUCAUUGUAAUCUAAACCAUCAUCGAAAUCUUGAAAACACUGGAUGGCCAUUUUGUCCUAGUAUUAAACUCAUGAAUUUAAUUUUUAAAAAAUAAGUGAUUUUUAGUACUUGAAUUUCGUUGAGAACGUGUAUUAUGAAAGUCGAACUCAGAUGACUCAUAAUGAAGAAGUCCAGAAUUGUACGUAAAUGUACAUAUAAUACAGUAUGAAAAUAAAUAUCAGUGAAACAUUUAAAUAAUAAAAUUAGUCAAAUCAUUAUUACAAGUACACAAACUCGAGUUGAUUUGUGAUGUAUGCUACUUAUGUCUACAGAUAUAAAUAGUAUGUAACACCUAUCGGAACUCGAAUGCCUGUCAAAAGGAGGCUGGAAAGAUUGAAGUGAAGAAAACAGAGACGGAAACACAAGGGAAUUGAGAAUUGAAAGAAUCAUGAAGGAUGUAGAGAACAGUUGAUGGAAGAUAUACAAAUGAAAUAUUUAAUGUAUGGUUUUUAGAUUUUUCGAAAGAACUUUAUAAUAUUGUGAUAAACAAUAAAUUGUUAUUUUCCACUUGAGUUAUCGUUCACUUUAGAUACAACAGAACUAAUGAUUAUAAAAAUUCAUCGAUGAAAGUCUAGGUAAAUUAUCAGGUUAUACCGUUAUCUCGGUAACAUCCAAUAAUUUAUUUCCAAACCCUUUUAUUGAUAACUUAUCAUUUCACAAAUCUGUUGAUUGAAUUUUAAUUUAAAGAAAUGAAGAUUUUUAAAAAAAUUGAUCAUGGCGCUAUUAUAGAUUGAUUAGUUGGAAAACAAUAUUAUCUAAUAAAAUGAAAAUGUUUUACCACAGAUAAUGAAUAAUUCAUGUAAUUUACAAUUUACAUUUGUAGGACUUCAAUAUAUGCAAUUUUACUGAGAUUAAGAUGUUUACUAUCCAAAAAAGUAAGCGUUUAUAUUAAUUUUUUUUUAAAUAAAUCGAUAGUUUUUGCACAAGAUAUUAAUGAACAUUCGAUAUUCCAUUAUCGUAUAUAUCGAGGAUAGUUUUGGCCAAAGUAAUUCAGUGUAUGCGCCUGUGAUUGUAUUAUUGAAUAAUUUCAAGAUUUUCAGUAUUAAAGGGCAAUUCGAUUUUACUGAUGAUUGUCAGUCAACAGGACUGUAACGUUUCAUAAUACAUUUAUAAAAGUAAUUUGUUUGUAAACUGUAAUAAUUUCCGUGUAUGCAACAUAAAACAUGAAAUCCUACAGAACAGUUUCAUACACAUAGUUCCCUUUAUCAUUUUGAAAAGAGCAAGAACAAAGAUUCUAGCAGAAUAGCAUGAAUUCAUUUUAUUUCGUAGGUUCUCAUCAGCUGCUUACAACCUGUGAUAUUUAAAAAUCAUAAUUACAUAAUGGGUUUAAAUUGCUUACUGAAUAUUGUAAAUAUGUACCUAAUGUGAAAGAAUAUUCUACACCACUAAUUGUGACAACAGUUCAAAAGGGGGUUAGAAACAAUUGAUUACAUAAUGAGUAAACAUUGAUAGGAAUACAGUGAGUAGAGUUCAGUUGAAAGAUUAUUAAUUUGAAAGAUAGUUGAAAAAAUAAAAUCAACGAUGU